AUGCCGUCUCUCUCCGUAGUUCGCGCAGCAAAUUUAGCAUCAGUCCCAAGAUAUCGCCCUACGGCAUUGUUCCUCGGUGGAACAAGCGGCGUUGGACAGGCAGUGGCAGAAGCCUUGGCUCGAGUGACUAAUGGCAAUUCCCACAUCGUUCUAUGCGGCCGUAACAAGUCUGCGGCCGAUAAAAUCAUCGAAGGGCUUCCACAAACCUCAAAUUCCAAGUAUGAAUUCGAACAGUGCGAUGCUACCCUUAUGUCAAACGUGCGGAGUACUACAUCAUCGCUUGCGGGCCGUCUCACUAAGCUUAACUAUCUGGUUCUUUCCCCUGGAUUUCUGACGCUCAAAGGGCGUGAUGAAACAUCUGAGGGCAUGGACAAGAAGCUUGCGCUUAAUUAUUAUGCUCGCUGGAGAUUUGUAUACGAUCUUAUGCCACUACUCGAAAAAGCCAAGGCGCAAGGUGAGGAGGCACGGGUUCUAACUGUCCUGGCCGCCGGCACAAACGGGAAACUUGAUGAAAGCAAUCUAGAUCUCAAGAAGGGGUACGGCCUCAAGGCCGCGGCAGAUAACGCGACGGCUAUGAACGACUACAUGGUCGAAGACUUUGCCGCACAACAUCCUAAUAUGGCAUUCAUUCAUGCGUACCCCGGUAUCGUUCGAACCCCACUGCUUACUGACUUUCAUUGGUCAUAA